AUGGAGGAUUCAGACUCGGCCAUCGAGAAGCUUACCAUCGUGGAAGUCUUUCGUCCACCUUGGCCCCAUAAGAAGGCAAGUACUGCAGCCCCGUGGCUAGGGUUUCGGGCUGGGCUUCGCCGGCGCGUCUCCGGCGGCCCCAGAUGCAGAUGGAGCACGCCAUGGGAGUUCCCCAUCCACCACGGUCACCGCCGGCAAGUGCUUCUUCACGGAGAUGUGAAGGACGCCAAGGACCUGCAGCUACUCAAGCUCAUUUGUGUGUGCUUCAUGUAUAUGCUCAUGCUUUUGAUGCUGCUGGACUUUGGAAUGCAUCCGCACAGUAACUUUCUGGGUAUGCUUGCAUUCAGGUUGUCAUUAGUUACGAGAUGGUACAUCAGUGUCUCCACUCUAGAGAUGAAUAUAAUACGCCAAAACACAGAAAUUAUUCCGUUCAAAGUGAAUGACACGGUGUAA